AUGGUCAAAGUCGCUGUUUUGGGUGCCUCAGGGCAGAUUGGACAACCCUUGAGUCUUCUACUCAAAUCGUCACUUCUUGUGACAGAUCUUAGACUUUCCGAUGUUGUUCACGCUGUGGGCGUAGCUACGGACCUUAAUCACAUUGAUACUCCUACAGUCGUUAAGGGUUAUCUCCCCGAGAAUGAUGGUCUUCAAAAGGCUCUUACCGGGGCGGAAGUCACCAAUGUCGGCAUCAUUGCAGACUUGGCUGCUGGAGUUGCCCAAUUCUGCCCCGAGGCAUUGGUUGCAAUUAUCACCAAUCCAGUUAACAGCACUGUCCCCAUUGCCGCCAAAGUAUUGAAAAAGCACGGAGUUUUCGAACCCAAGCGCUUGUUUGGCGUUACGACACUGGAUGUUGUGCGCGGAUCCAAGUUUGUUGCUGAUGUCCUUGGCAAUAUCAGCCCACAGGAUUUCAAGGUACCUGUUGUUGGCGGGCAUUCGGGAGCAACAAUCUUGCCCUUGAUUAGCCGAUCCCAGCCCUCAGUACAGCUAAACCAAGAGCAAAUUGAGGCUAUCACAAACAAUAAGUUCAAUCGUCGUGAAGAUGGCAAAUGGCAAGCUAAUGUAGCCUUUGCAGGAGUCCAAUUCGGCGGGGACGAAAUUGUCAAAGCCAAGGCUGGUGCUGGGUCUGCGACAACAUCCAUGGCGUACGCUGGUUUCCGUUUUGCCCAAGCCAUUAUCAAGGCCUCUCAAGGUCAGAGUGGUAUCGUGGAACCUGCCUAUGUCUACCUACCUGGGUUGCAAGGAGGUGAGGCCGUUGCCCACGAGCUUGGAGUGAGCUACUUUGCUGUUCCGGUGACCUUCGGGCCAGGCGGCGCCGAGACCGCGCAUCCUAUUGGAUCGUUGUCUGAUUAUGAAAAGGGUCUUUUGAAGGUUGCCGUUGAUGAACUGGAAGGAAACAUUAAGAAGGGGGAGGCCUUCAUCCAGUCACAGGCGUAA